AUGGAGCUGACUUAUACUAGGUCAACGCAGGAGACUGUUUCGAGAACUCGAAUCGUAUAUGAUCUGGACUACGAAAGAGCAGGUAAUACGGGAAACUGGGCCUGUGGAUCUGUUAUCAAUGCAGUUCCUAUCUUCUUCCAUGCCAAUGAGUCUAAAGGUCUAGACGGUGCCAUGGCGACUCUUGUAGAAAAUAUCAAGUUGUCAAUCGACAGAUUCGAUCAGGCGGUGCUCAGGCUGGAGUCAAAUUUCACAGACAAGAAAUUGCCCCCUCAAGAGCAGAAGUAUCUCGAUACUUGUCGUACUACCGUUACCGGGCUUUUGCAAUGGUCGCGAUCAACAGAUCGUUACGAUCUACCCCGCUAUAUGGACAAGGGGGGUCGAUGUAUAAUCACGUUGUAG